CAAAUUGCAUAAGAAUGUAUGUUUUGUGAAAGAGAGAGACUAAGAAAGAGAAAGGAUGUGUGGGAAAGAUAGUGCAAAAAAGUAAUCCCUCUCUUUCGAAUAACAUUAUUAGUGUACCACCCUCCCCUCGCACCAACGAGAGAAUUUGAAUUGCCAAAAAACUACAAAAUUGACAUUUCUACACUCUGCUACAUGCAAACUAUUUGAAAUUAAGUUUCUAGUUUUUUUCGGUAGCCCUUGCUUUCUUUAUAUGCCUAAAUUCUCUCUCUAAUGCAAAUCAAAUUGAUAACGAAAAACGUACAAGUUGAAUCUGUUUCGGUUACUUUCGUUACGAUAACAACAACAAAGAAAAAUGAAAAAAACAAUAACGGUUCGCAAAUUAAAUGGGGGAGGGGGCCCAGUUCUAGUCCAACGGUGCUUAUUGUGAUAGGCAGAAGAUUCGAUGAUAAUCGAAAGAAACCGUUAUAGUUGUAGUAGAGAUGAUACGGUUUCGCUUUAGUGAGUUUUACUCUCUCUUCCCACUACUUUUCUCUGGCCUCCAAUCAAUCCCAGAAGGCAACGUCAACCAAGUCAAAAAAACACUAAAGAAAUUUAAAACAAAACAAAAAGGGAUCAAACACAAUAUAAGCGGAGAGAGAAAAAGCAAAACUUAAGCCAAUUGUGUUUGUGCAUAUACAUAGUUUCGAAUUGCAGAUCGACAUGUCGGCGGCUCGUUUGCCCUACUAUCAACAGGAUCAAGAGGAUCAGCAGCGACGUGGUGGCGGCAACGGCAAUGGCGGACGUUCAAGCCACCAACAACAUCGGGGCUCAUAUAGACGUGAGCGGGAACGCGAACGUAGUCGAAGUCGCAGUCGCAGUCAAUCUCCAGAACGUAGACAGCAGCAACAGCACCGUCGGCGCCGUAGUCGCAGCCGCAGUCGUAGCCGUUCUUGGGAGCGACAACAACGUCGUAGACGCCAACAACAACAACAGCAGCAGCAAACACAGCGUCGACCUCAUCAUAAUAAAGACAGAGAUUCCAGGGAACGGUCUAAGGAUAGAGAACGCGAACAUGAUAGAGAUUCUGGUCGCCGCUCCUCUUAUCAUCGUCGUUCAUCAGACUCGCCGGAGCGCCGUCAUCAUUCUCAUCAUCAUCAUCAGGCGUCAUCAUCCUCGACUAGUUCCUCUUCGUCGUCAUUGCAGCAAUCCGCCAGCAGAUCCUCCUCUGGACGAGACAAUCAUAAGCAGCAACAACAUUCUAGCAAAAUCAAUGCCAUGUCCGCUGUGGGUGCUUACUACAAUCUGGAUAUCGAUGAGCCAUUCGAUAAGGAGCGCAUUCACCGCGAAAUGGAACAAAAACUUCGUGAAGCCUUGGCCCGCGAGGGUAAAGUGUAUCCACCCCCAAAACCAGAGCCUCCGUCGCAUCCAGUUUUUGCCAAUGAUGGUUCAUUUAUGGAGUUAUUUAAGAAAAUGCAAGAACAGCAGCAACAGCAACCAACAAAAUCCCAGACAGAAAUGACCGAAAAUAGUCAUAAUCGAGAGCAAUUAUCAGCAUUGGUCAUGAAUGUAGCCGGAUCAUGCACAUCGACAUCAUCAAUAUCGGCAUCACCAUCAUCAUCCUUAGCAGCAGCUGGACUGGCUGGAGCACUGACACCAUCGACAUUGCCAAAUGGAUCUCUGCUGCCAGCUAUUGCUGUCGGUGCGGCAACUAGUGCAGCUGCCCCAUAUAUAGCUGCCACAGCGGCUGGCAAAUCGGCACCACCUCCACCCAUGGUGGGUCGUCGUCGUGGUGGAAAGAUACUUAAAACUGGUGUUGUGGCCAAGCUAAAGACACCAAAUGAUCGGGAUGUGGAUCCCAAGGAUUUCUGGUCGCUCUAUUUGGCCGAAGUGAAUAAAUAUAAAAGCAAUGCCUGCGAUACAGAUAAUGGCAAGAGGCCGUUGGUUAAGUAGGGGGAAAUUGAACUUGAACGCAAGAAAUGGCAUAAAUGUUUCUACCACACCAAAAAAAAAAAAAAAUAAAACAAAAACAAAAAAAUAACAAACACACAAAAAUACACACACACAAUCGACACUAUAUCCUACCCCUUUAUUCCCCUAAUCUGAAUGAUUUUGUGUAAUUUCCAUUGGACUCUUUACAAAGAGCUGAUGCCUCGUUAGCCACUAAGUCGUAUUGUACAGAUUUAUACCUACAUAUAUAUAUAACCAAACAAAAACAUAAAAGUGAAAUU